AUGGUUAUGGGUAGGGUCCGUGCGACAUCGUACGUAAGACGUACGAUAUCACAGCCACUGAAUAAAAAUGUGGCACAAAUAAAAAACACUCAAAACACAAGAGGCUUAAAAGAUACUAAUUUGAUAAGAAACAAGAAUCUACAUUUACAAUUACUAUGUAAUAACAAAACCCCCAAUGGUAUAUGUGAUGAUGAUAUGGAGCAGAAUUUGGGAUUCAGAGAAAUUGGGGGAUAUUAUUCCCUUAAAAAAAGUGACCUAACAGGAAUAUAUAAUAUGAUGAAAAAUAAAUUAAAUAUAUUUUUAAUAUUUGUACCUAUAGGGAUAAUAAGUUAUCUAAUAGGUUGUAAGGAUAUAUAUAUAUUUUUUUUUAACUUUAUGGCAUUAAUACCCUUAUCAGCACUAAUGGGUCAUGUAACUGAAGAUUUAGCUUUGCACACAGGAGAAAUAAUAGGUGGUUUAUUAAAUGCUACGUUUGGAAAUUUAAUGGAAAUGAUUUUUUCAAUUCAAGCUUUAAAUGCUGGUUUAAUAAAUGUCGUUCAAGGAACAUUAUUAGGAAGUAUUUUAUCAAAUUUGCUGCUAGUACUAGGUAUGUCUUUUUUUGCUGGUGGGUUAUAUCACCACAUACAAAAAUUCAAUGAAAAAGGAGCCACAUGUAGCACAUCUCUAUUGCUUCUAUCAAGUCUAGCCAUAACAAUACCAACUGUUUCAUCAGUUACAACUAAUAAUAAUGUUGAAGUACUUUUAAAAGUAUCCAGAAUAACAGCAGUUUUAAUUUUUUUAACAUAUUGUCUAUUUCUACUAUUCCAAUUAUACACACACAUAUCGCUAUUUCAAGAUAAAGAAAUGACUGAAGAAAUUCCACAACUCUCUGUCAUAGCAGGAUCCAUUUUCUUAAUAAUCAUCACAGUUCUUGUAAGUAUUCAUUCAGAAUAUCUUAUUAAUACCAUCGAAGCAGUUGUAAAAUAUUAUAACAUUUCAGAAAAUUUUAUUGGAGUUAUUCUUUUACCCGUAGUUGGUAAUGCCACAGAACAUUUAACAGCAGUUACUGUUGCUAUAAAAAAUAAAGUAGACCUAACAAUGGGAGUAGCUGUUGGUUCAUCUGCACAAAUUGCACUUUUUGUUGUCCCAGUUACUGUACUUUUUGGAUGGAUUUUAAAUAAACCUAUGACUCUUGCCUUUUCUCCAUUGUCAAGUGUUAUUUUAGUAAUGUCUGUUAUUGUUACUAUGGCAAUUGUUCAAGAUGGGGAGAGCAAUUGGUUGGAAGGAGUUUUGCUCAUCACUGCUUAUCUUAUAGUUGGUGUUGUUUUUUGGUUUGAUACAUCGUAG